AUGUCUGAACCAGCUGAAGUUAUGGUGGAAGAUCGUGUGAAGCAGUUACGGGAAAUAUCCAAACGGAGGGAGGACCUUCUCCGUGAGAUGUACCAUCUAAUGCAGAGACGGGAGAAGUUGGGUUCCGUUCUCUAUGUGGAUCAAGACGGAAGCGAGGACAUGCAGAUAUUCUUGGAUAGAUUUGACUUGGAAAAAAAUCCCGAGUCAGGUCAAAUAUCCAAUUUGCUGGACAGCGAGAUGAUGUUACCCAUGUCGCCAGAAACUGAGCUGGAGGGCUCCGACAAUGGUGAACCCACCGCAGCUGGUCCAGAGAGUGCUGCUGUAGAAUCUCCAAUGUCUGAAGCGCCUCCUUCUCCAGCUGGGACAGUUGAUUUGGAAGUCGAAGAAUUGCAAUAUCCAGAGGCUCAACAAACACAGGCGGUGUCCAUGGAACUUGACGAACACGUAUCCAAGCACUCUGCCAGCCCUCACUCUGAAACUCUACCAGACCAGGACAUUGGGUCAGACGAUAUCCUGAUCCUAGAAUCCCUUCCGCAAAAGAGCAGCGUGCGACGGAAGGCAAGACCUAGCUGCAGACGUCGUUCUGAGCCUAGCGAUGAUGACUAUGACGAGCUUGAUCUCAUUGGCUCAACCUCUCCACCACUACGGUCUCGGGCUUCAUCUAGUCGACGAUCUCGUACUGUCACUCGAGAUGCUUCUCGUGUUCCUGAGAUGCAAGUUGCAUCUUCCCCUGUGUCGUCACCCAUGCAGCCCAUGGAGGAGGAAUCGUCUAUGGAACUCGUGGAGGACCUCCCUGAGGAAGCGCCUCUGAAACUCGUGGAGGACCUCCCUGAGGAAGCGCCUCUGGAAGCUUCUGAGGUGGUAUCCCCGGAGAUAUUGAAGGCGCCUGAGGAAGUGACUUCGAAAGCACCCGAGGGAGAGCCUUUGGAAGCACCUAAGGAGCCGUUAGGGGACGCCCCUGAGGAAGAGCCAGCGGAAACACCUGAAGAGAUACCGACUACAUCUCAGCAAGAUGAAAUGCAGGAGGAAAGGCCAACUGACACUUCGCCGGUCACUCUCGAGAGUGAACAGACAGUCGCCAGUCUUUUGCGGUUCAUGUCUCCCUUUGACGAUUCCCCUCCUCCAUCUCCUGAGCCAAGACGGCCACCGGAAUACGUGAUAAUGGCACCUCCCUCAGCCCUGGUUGAGCCAGUCUUCAAUCUGGACUUUGGGCCGCCUGAAGAGCCGAUGGCUGCCGAAUCUUCUUACACCCCAAUAAUCUCUCACUCCCCAUGCCAUCAGGAGUAUACUUUGCCACCGCUAAGCAGCCUGCCUUUAGAAUUUAAUCGUAAAGGCAAACCUACGAGGCAACAGCGUAGACGCGAGAAGGAGAGAGAGAAAAACGGUGGAGAAGGUAAAAGAGAGGAGUGGAUCCCUAUGGGCAUGAACAAAUGGGGCGCGAUAAUACGUGCAAACCCUGUUUGGAAGAAGAUGUCUAAGGCUACGAAGCAUCUGAGCACGCGGGACUGGAAUGUCGCGCUGACCGAACUUAAGCUAAUACGUACUCUUGAGCGUAUCGAGAUGCUCAAAGACGCAGGGCAGUGGAGCUUCAGGCAGCCUAAGAAGCAGAGAGGUGUAGGCGGACUGACGAAAACUCACUGGGACUACUUGAUGGACGAAAUGAAAUGGAUGCGCAUUGAUUUUCGGGAGGAGCGCCGUUGGAAAAUCGCUUUGGCAUUUAAUUUGGCGCAAGCAGUGAUGGAUUGGCAUGAAGCAGGCACCUUGGAAGAGAGGCUACGGAGAGGUAUCUGCGUAUUGUGGAAACCCCCGCGCCCAGAAGAUUUAGAGGACCAGGAUGCUGGUGCGAGUUUACGAGAUACUGACAUCUUCAUGGAAUCUCAAGGUGUAGACGAGGAUCGUGGUGCAGACUCAAGAGAAACCAACACUCCCGCGAAUGACUACGCUACAGACGACGAGAGUGAAGAGGAGCAAGAGAAGGAGCAACAGGAUGUGCUUGACGCCCUUGCACCCUCUGUGGCGCUUGCGGAGACUCUACACGACCAGGAGAUCGGGCAGAUUGUCGAAAAUGGGCUCGAAACCCAGGACCUUGAACCACUCAAGCCGAAGUUGGAAGACAUUGAAGAUCUGACAGCUUUGCGGAGUGCUGGUGAAGAUGGAAUCCGCGAUGCGAUGGAAGUCGAUGGCGAAUCUGGAUCGAAAGAGCAUGACCAACCGAAAAUAGAAGAACCUAGCCGGGAGCAGCAAGCAGAACAUUCGGGGUUGAAGCCGACUUCCCAAAACCCCUUGCUGGGAAGGUUGGAAGGUAUCACUGUUCAUGGGCAGCAAAAGGGAAAGCCAAGGUCGAAUCUCUAUGCCCCGCUCCGAGAGCAGAUCCUCUAUUCUGACGUUGAUAAACUUUUCAUCUACUUCGACGACAUUGACCUUGUGAAAGCCAUGUCGGAGCUUACCACUGAGGAUCAUUCACUUUCGGCACCACCUCCACCGUCCGAUCUUGCUGCAAUUUUCCCCGACCUACAGCCAUAUGGCCUUCUUGAUGUUCCUGAUCCUUCGUCCUCUGGGACUCCGGAAAACCGGAAGAAGUCUGAGAAGAGGGCGGACAAGGACGAUCCUAACAAGCGAGCCGAAGAUACUACAUAUACGAAACUCGUGCCACUCAAUGACUUCAUGUAUAACAAGCUCACUCUGCUGAGCUCUUUGGAGCCCGGGAAACAUUGGAGGGAUGGCCACUGGCACGACCUUGACGAGACUCCGGUGGCUGCCGAUUCCGAAUCUGCAAUGCCUCGAAUAAUUGAAGACGCUAUGUGUAGUCUCUUUGAAGGGAGCAAGGCGGGUUCUCCAUCCUCAAUUCCGCACCAAAUGCAGGGAUCUACAAAGGAUAAAAAGCGGGUUGAACAGACUUGGACCCCUCAAGACGAUACACUACUCAAACAGGUCGUUGAGAAGUACCCUAAUAACUGGCCGUUGAUUGCGGAUGUGUUUAACUCGUCCAAAGUCACAAUAUCAACGGACAGGAGGAGUGCACUGGAUUGCUUGAACCGCUGGGAUGCUCGACCCCAACCUGGUGGUUCAAUGGAUGGAAGCGCACUCGGUGCCGACGAAGAGGUCCCGCCUCACAUUCAGCCAACUCCUACUCAGAUGACCACGAGAGGACACGGACGAUCUACCAGUAUCAGUGUGGCAGCCACCGCUGUCAACAACGCUGCUGCGUCCGUCGUUCAGGGCGGAGACUCCAAGAAACGUCGCAGACACGCUUUGAUUCAGGAGGCCAUUCGCAAGUCGAAUAAGAAGAGGGAGGCUGCACAGAAAAACCUGGCCCUUCAGAGAAAGCCAGCAGCAAUUCAUGACACUCAUGGCCAAUACAACAAGAUGCCCAGGCUGACUCCUGCAGAACUUAGCCGUAUGAAAGCGGAGAAAGAAGCCAAAGAAACUCAGGAUGCCAUAAUGAAGAGGAGGAAUGAGGAGAUGACUAGACAACAGAUAUUGACACAAAGAAUGAAUGCGCAACAGCAACAAGCGCCAGGACUGCCGCAGCAUUCUCUUCAGCAACAGCAGCAGCUCCAGCAGCAGCAGCAGCAGCAGCAACAACAACAACAACAGCAGCAGCAGCAGCAACAGCAACAGCAACAGCAGCAGCAGCAGCAAGCGGCGUUAAACGGAGUUCCUAGAACCCAAAGUAGCGCACUCUCGCAGGCACCGCCCGUCCCACAGAUCCGCACUCAUCAGGUCGGUAUUUCGCAACAACAAAGGCUUUCGAACCCUAUGACCCUGGCAAAUGCCCGUCUGUCGCCGACGCAAGUUAUGCAAGCACAAGCAGCACAAGCCCGGGCGUUAGCACAGGCACAACUACAAGCGGCAGGUUCGAGUAGCCUCAGUGCUGCUGCACCGGCUUUGAGCGCUACCCACUUGUCGCCUGCGUACGGUGCCCGGGCGAUGAGUUCUUCCCCGGCAAUCCCUCAGCAAUCUCCAUCACUUCCAUCUGCUGCACCUAAUCUGUCCCGCCCAUCGUCUGCACAAAUGGCCAAUCCCGGACAUAAUGUUCCAGUCAAUCCAGCACGACCUACAGGUAACUUAAACAAUUAUUAUACCCCAACCGGUCUCCCUUCGCAACUCACGGCGGAGCAGGUGGAGCAGGCGUUACGCCUGCAGAGUAUUAUUCGGCAACAGGCCCAGCAGCACCAGCAGCAUGCCGGGCAGCUGGCGCAAACUACCCAGAACAAUGUUAACCAUAUCAACGGUUCCUAUGCCCAAUCAUGA